UCGGCCCUCGCUGCUGGUCUCACUGCUCUGUGUCUCUGCUUCCUCCUCACAGAUCAAGAGACAGCAUGGCUGCGACUGCUGCCGUCAGCCCCAGUGAAUACCUGCAGCCCGCCUCCACUGCCCAGGACUCCCAGCCGUCUCCUCUCGCCCUCCUCGCUGCGACAUGUAGCAAAAUCGGUCCCCCCGCAGUGGAAGCCGCCGUGACUCCUCCUGCCCCUCCUCAGCCAACGCCUCGCAAACUCGUCCCCAUCAAACCUGCUCCGCUCCCUCUGGGCUCCGGGAAGAACAGCUUUGGGAUCCUGUCGUCGAAAGGGAACCUCUUCCAGAUCCAGGGCUCGCAGGUCGGCGCCUCCUACCCCGGGGGGCAGCUGGUUUUUGCCAUUCAGAACCCGGCCGUCAUCAACAAGGGCACCCGCUCGUCCGCCAACGUCCAGUAACAGGCGGUGCCGCAGCUCCAGGCCGCGGGGGGACAGACCAUCCAGGUCCAGCCCAACCUCACCAACCAGAUCCAGAUUAUUCCGGGCACGAAUCAAGCGAUCCUCACUCCUUCCUCUUCCUCUCACAAGCCUGUGCCCAUCAAACCGGCUCCGGCGCAGAAGGGGGGAGCUUCCCCGGCGCAGGGCGCGAGCAACGUGGUCAAGUUGGCCGGCGGCAGCAACGUGACUCUCACCCUGCCCGUGAACAACCUGGUGAACGCCGCUGAGCCGGGCACGCAGGCUCAGAUCCUUGCAGAGAGCCCCUCGAAGCCCGGCAAAAAGACUCGAAAGAAAGCCACUCGAAAAAAAGCCGUGUCCCCCGCCCAGCCUGCCGCCGUGGCCGUGGCCGAGCAGGUGGAGACGGUGUUGAUAGAGACGACGGCGGAGAACAUCAUCCAGGCGGGCAACAACCUGCUCAUCGUGCAGAGCCCGGGCUCGGGCCAGCCGGCCGUGGUGCAGCAGGUGCAGGUGGUGCAGCCCAAGCAGGAGUCGCAGGUGGUGCAGAUCCCACAGCAGGCCCUGCGCGUGGUCCAGGCCGCCUCCGCCACGCUCCCCACCCUCCCCCAGAAAUCCUCCCAGAACUUCCAGAUCCAGGCGGCGGAACCCACUCCUACCCAGGUCUACUUCAAAACGCCGUCGGGUGAGCUGCAGACCGUGCUGCUCCAGGAAGCCUCAGCCGUGACGAGAGCUGGGACCCACCCAGGCGGAGGGAUGCGGCCGGGGGACCCAGGGAAGAAGAAGCACAUCUGCCACAUCCCCGAGUGCGGGAGGACCUUCCGGAAGACCUCGCUGCUGCGUGCUCACGUGCGCUUGCACACGGGCGAACGCCCUUUCGUCUGCAACUGGGUCUUCUGCGGGAAGCGCUUCACUCGCAGCGACGAGCUGCAGCGGCACGCUCGCACGCACACAGGCGACAAGCGGUUCGAGUGCGCCCAGUGCCAGAAGCGCUUCAUGCGGAGCGACCACCUGACGAAGCACUAUAAAACCCACCUGGUCACCAAGAACUUGUAG